GUUUGAUAGGACGCGCAUGAAGUAAUUGGGCGGGAUGUGCUGACGGAUUGGCCUUUGACUGGAGGAUGUGCUUGUCCGGGGAGCAGAGAGCAGGGGGCGGGUAAGUGACAGUUUGCGAUGGAGGACUCCAUUGAGGUGAUUUUGCAAGACCGCGGCGGGGUGCUUCCCACCAGCAGACCCCAUCCCGUCCUGUCAGCCUGCACAGGCGCUCUGCUCACAGGCCUCUACGGAGUUUGGAGCCUCUUUGUCAUACCUGGCUUCCGCAAAGUCCCCUGGAAACUCAAGGUUCCUUAUCUGCCCUCCAGUAAAGAUCAAACACUGAACACAAUGAAGCUGCUUGAGGGACGAACAGGUCGCUUAGCAGAUCUGGGUUCAGGAGAUGGACGACUGGUGUUUGCGGCCUCUUCCGCUGGUUUCCAGUGCACAGGGUUUGAGAUUAACUCCAUUUUGGUGGCGUAUGCCAGGAGCAAGGCCUGCUGGACCGGAGUCCCCUCCAGCCAGGCAUCCUUUGUUACACAAGACUUCUGGAAGACCGAUCUGUCUUCAUACAACAAUGUGACAGCUUUCCUUUCUCCAGGAGUGAUGGGGGUUCUGGGUGAGAAGCUGCUGCAAGAGCUUCCAGACGACGCAUGUGUCAUCGCUUGUCGUUUUCCUUUCCCUAACUGGCCACAGCAAUCGUCCGCCGGCUCCGGACUCGACGAGACUUUUGCUUAUGACAUGAGCACCGUGCGCUCGCAUUUGAGAAAUGUACCGAACACAGCGCAGAAAUAAGUCAGAGUCUCUCACUCUCAACAGCUCUUAGCCCUCCAGUCGCUUUCUGUUUUUUUCAGAAAUGCAAAAUAACAUAGAAAACCAUACAAAGAAAACACAUUUAUAGAAGUCAAUCAAAAAGCACUUUUGG